CAAUGUUCUUUGGUCACGCUUUUUUGAUCACAUGAGAAUUUUGACCAAACAGCAGUUUUAGGGCAAGUCUAAUUCCAUUAAAAGGAAAAAUGGCCUGUUGCGGUCCUAAACUAUCUCUCUGCGGACUUAUAAUAAGUGUGUGGGGAAUAAUACAAUUAGGCUUGAUGGGAGUGUUUUACUAUGUGGAAGCUGUAGCUCUUGCCGAAGAUGUUCCAGAAGUUUCUUCUUAUAAGUCUAUAGAUGAUUUUUACACAAAAAUGACAAAUGGUUAUCAACAAAACGCCUAUAACUGUUGGAUAGCCGCACUAUUAUACCUCAUCACUCUGGCAGUAUCAGCGCAUCAAUUUUGGAUGAAUAAUCGUUCUUCUUUAAGUGUUUAAUUUGUUUCUUAUUCCUUUAGAAGUCCAGUAUUGAUGUUAUUCAUUGUAUUACAAAACUGUGCAAGAUUCAUAAUUGCAUUUCAUUGUAUAGAUUCUAGAAUAUUUUUGUUUUUUUUGUGAAUAACAGGUCAAAAGAAAUGUAGCAUAAAGUUUUUUUGAAUUGUACAUAUUAAUUUGUUAAAAUAAAUAUCAGGUUUAUUGUUUA